CCACAACUCUCCAGUCCCGUCGGCGAGCGAGCGAGACAUCAACAAGAGAGCGGGUUUCGGAUGCGGGCUGGUUUUCCUAAAUACUCACGUCGUGCCUGCGCUUUGUCCCCGCCGCUACUUUGCAGCAACUUCCGGCAACUUCCAGCAAGAUGUUUGGCUUUCACAAGCCAAAAAUGUACAGGAGUUUGGAUGGCUGUUGCAUCUGUCGUGCAAAAUCGUCCAGUUCGCGUUUCACGGACAGCAAGCGGUACGAAAAAGACUUCACGAGCUGUUUCGGCUUGUGUGAGAGUCGAUCUGGAGAAAUCUGUAACGCCUGCGUACUCCUGGUGAAGAGAUGGAAAAAACUCCCCGUGGGAUCCAAGAAGAACUGGAAUCAUGUGGUUGAUGCAAGAGGAGGGCCAAGUCUGAAGAUGACCUCCAGGCCAAAAAAGAUCAAGUCCCUCUCCAAGAAAGCGAGGCCGAGCCAAAUCAGCAGGCUGCAGAAAGAGCUAAAAAGAAGCAAUUCAGAUGCCCACAGCACCACGUCCAGUGCUUCUCCAGCUCAGUCUCCCAGCUACAGCAAUCUUUCAGAUGAGGGCUCAGACUCUGAGCUCAGCCCGGGUUCCAGCCGCUCCCCCGUUUUCUCCUUCCUAGAUCUCACCUACUGGAAGAGGCAAAAGGUCUGCUGUGGAAUCAUCUACAAGGGCCGUUUUGGGGAAGUUCUCAUUGACCCCCAUUUGUUCAAGCCCUGCUGCCGCAAGCAGCAACGGCAGCAGCAGCAGCAACAGGAGGAGGAGGGGUAUGAGGAGGAGGAAGAGGAGGAGGAAGAAGAGGUGGAAGUAGAGGAAGGGCAGGUGGGGGAGGAGGUGCAAAUUGAGGAGGCCAGUGGGAAGAAGUUCCAGAUUGAGCAGGGAGUGAAGGAAACGCCAACCGGUGAGGGAAGCAGCGCAGAAGCUCCUCAGCUACACGUUACCAUGACAACACCUUCACCCAAGAAGGUGGAGGAAGAGGGGGAUUGGUAAAUGUGGACCCCCCCCCCUUUAUGCACAUCUUUGAGGAAGUCUUGGGGUGCUUUUGUUUUUAUAAGCACUUGCAGAGAGAAGUGGCCUCAGAUUGCCUUCAAUCAAAGAGCAGCUGAAAAUCCUUGGUCUUCUACAUAAUAUUUUUGUCAGUUUGUUUAUUUGAUUGUUUAUGUUUAAGUGAUAACUUAUGAACUCCCGUUGUCCCAUGUUGUCUGUUUUGCUUUUUUUUAUAUUUAAUAUUCUUCCUUUCCUAUUGAUUGAGCAUCGUCCAUGGUGUUAUAUCUACUUAGGACAAAAUGCUGGAACUCUAGUUUGCCGGUACAUUGAGAAUAAUUCAUUCCAAAAUGUGAUACCCAUUUUUAAAAAAAAUGCUAACUUGUUCAUCUUUCUAAUUUUUAAAGCCAAGGUGAGCCCGCUUGAACAAUGUUGGUAUUUUGGAGGUAAAGGUGUGAAGGUGACAAAAAUAAUGCGAUAAGUCAUACUUACAAAAACAGUUCAGAUUUGUCUAGUCCACAGCAGACGUCACUUUGUGUUGAAAGAUUGGACUUGGUUUUGGAAUGAAGCUCUGCAUUUACAGAUCAUAGACAUGUACAGUGAGUAGCCUUUGUGUUUGUACCUGUAAAUAUUUACAUCCAAAAUGAGCAAACUGUUUGUUUAGACUGGCUUAGCUUGUAUGUGAGUCACAUGUGGGUCCCCUUUGAAAUAAGGCCUAUUCACAGCACCAACAGCAAAUACACCAGCCUUAAUUAUGUCGUAGACAGUGCUAGUGUUGAUCCUGAAUUGGUAAUAAGAAACAAAAAGGGAAAAUCACUAUAUUCAUUGUGGCCUCAGCAACACAUAGUGCAUUUUGCAUGAAUGGUGACAAGCCCUCUCACCCAAAAGACCGAAAAAUCUGAUGCAUGAGUCUAGUAAAUUGCAUGGCCUUAUGAAAAUUGUAAAUCUUAUUUUUAUUUUUUUGAUCCAUUGCUCUGAAGUUUUAAAUUAUUUUUAUAUGUGAAAAAAGAAAAUGGAAAAAAAAAUAGAAGAAAUAGUGUCUUUGCAUCAUAAUACAACACAAUACAACAACAAAACGCAUCGAUCGGUUUAUAUACAUUCAGCAAUAUCAGCCGUUUCUGCCAUUCCCGGAUCAGUAGAGAAAAAGACUAUACAAGUUGAAAUGCUAUGCCAUUGCCUCUUAUAUACCACAAUGGUGUUGUGAUAUAUCGCCUAAUAAUACUUUAUUUAUCAUAUUAAAGCCAAAGCACAUUUAAAUUCACCCAAUGUCAAAUCAGUGCAGGAUUUUAUGGACAAUUGUGCUUGUCCAAGGUCAUUUCUAUGUAUUUUAUGGUUUUCUAAAAAGAACACUAAUAAGACAUUUCUUAAUUUGUUGUCGUUGGGAUCUGAGGGUGUGUCGUGUACAUAUGGGGUGGGGGUUAGGGAUGUGGCUUCUCUAUGGGUUACUUUAUUUAUUUAUUUUAUAUUUAUUUGUAUAACUGCAUCCCCAAUUACAAGUUCAAGGCUGUGAACUCCGUUAAUCUGUAGUGGUAGUAUGAGUUUUGUACAUUGGUAACUGAUUCAAAUUAAUUCUCACACGGGCACUAUUUAACAAUGCCUUGAAUUACCAGUUGUCAAUAUUUGUGAAACGUCGGUUAAGUAUUUAUUUACACAUCAGCUGAAUUGUGUGGAACUUAAAUUAUUCUGUACCAUCCCUUUGGGUCUGUAUCACUUAGUUUUUAGACUACAACCAAGCUUUACUUUUCACCGUUCACUCUUUAGUCUACUCAUGUGACAUAAUGAUUUACUGAUAGCUGUACUCUUCAAUUUAGUGCUACUUGCAUGUAUUGUAGCUAUGCAUUUUAUCUAGCCUACAAGUUAGACAAAGCGGUUUUGUAUUUUUUAUACAUCAUGUAAUUUUUUUACUUGUCCCUUAAUAAAAGCAAUUUUGUGAGUU